ACAGAGCUGAGAACUCAGUAAAGGGAGGAAUAAGGGGAGUUAAUCAGGGGGAAGACACUGAGGAAGUCAGGCUGAGGCACUUACAAAGAGCAGAGUAGGCUCUGGAGGAGACUUGAGAUAGACCCUAAAAGAAGCAGUGAGAUCCUUAGAAGCAAAAUGCUACAGCCUCUGGCUAAGGGAGGCUGUAGGGAAUCCAUUGGGGAAAGAAGUAAGAUUAAAAAAAGCUCUGCCCAGGAGAAGGAGCCAGGAAGCAGAAGACUUCAGGAGACCCCGAGCAGCGCAGAGGAGCUAUUAGUCUGGGCAUUUGAUUUGGACUUUAAAUUGGAUGUUUUGUUGUUUAAUUUGGCUGGAGGGUUGAGCCACAGAAAACUCAGAGAGGGAAACUGGAGAACACCCUGCCUAGAACUGGCCAUUGCAGCCAAUGAAGUGGCUACCAGCAGGAAGCAGCAUGAGAGGGGGAAGUCCCUUGCAACACCCCAUCCGGGCACAAGGGAUGCUUUAGAGAGUGAAGGGGCCUUACCACCGAGGGAACUAACUUACUACACAACAAACGGACAGACAAGCUCCACUCCUCCAGUGGAAGAAUGCAGAGGAAACUCUGUCAGGGGAACCUUGCAGAUCUUGCUGCCCCAUAAGAUAGGACAAGCCAAAUAUUUUGGAAGCCAAGUCUGGGAGUUACUACUGCAUAUUUUUCCCCCUAGGCCAACAGAAGCUGAGCAUUCCACAGAUUCAGAGGUGCUACUCACAGUCUUAGAAGAGGCCAAGAACUGAAGGCCUGACUCACCAACUAUUGAAGUCAAUAGAAGUCUUUCUCUUCUCUUCAGUGGGCUUUAGAUCAGGCUACAAAAUGGCUGGGAUAACAAGCCACCUUCUGACCUCCUGGCUGGUCAGGCAAUAUGAUGAAGCUUGCAUCACCACUGCCAGUGUUGUCCCACCCUGGAAAUAAAGAGAGGAGGAGAUUCAUCUUCUGGGCAGCCACUCUGGAACUUCUCACCAGCCCACUAAGAAUCCAAGUUACUAAGAAUUUGUAGCUGGUGUAAAAUUUAAGGAAAGAGAUUGAUACAAAUUUCUUAGCACCUUAAUCAAGUCACCUGUUGCCUACAGUCAUUCUACAAUUGUACAAACAUAUGUAAUCAAACAGUUAUAAAAUAUAAAACUACCUUCUUCUCUUAAGUAGCUUGGAGGACACUUCCCCAGAGAGGACCAAUCUCUUAUUUGACAUACAUUGUCAAGGUGAUGUUCUUAUCUUUUGGAACCCUUGAAUCUGUGAUGGGAAAUCACGCUGGGGAGCUACGACAACAAUAAUGUAUUAGAUUACAAUUUAUUAGUAAAUUUGGAGUUGGUAUAUUCCUAUUCUUCUGGCAUUUAAAUCAUAUCUGUGAUGCUGUACAUAUAGGAUUAACAGCAGGAAGAAUGAUGGCAAUAAUCUUUUAUUUGGUCUAAUUCCUUGUUAGGGCUGGUCUCAGAAAUAAAGUCUAGAUCACAUAGUUGAUAGAUUUGCCUUCAUAACUGCUACAAUUGAAAUGUUGGCACUUUACUAAUAUAUUUUUCUUGUAAAUCUCACACAAAUUGACUCCAUUAAAGUAUCAGAAAAGUGUCUUAAGCAUUUUCAGUAACAUAGAAAACUUGCAAGAGACCUUUUAUAAACAAGGAAAGAAAUUAGCCAUAAGUUUUAAACCUGGGACCUGUGUGGGAUCAUUUUUUUCCUGACAUUGCUUCUAAAGUUGUUCAUUUAUCACAAACGAGGUAUAACCAAGAUCCAUUUUAAAAGGGGGAAAAAAGGCUAUAUGUACAUACAUAAAUAAUUUCACAUGCCAAAAAAACGCCAGGGAAAUUAUUACUUCCAGUGCUAGGGUUGAAACAGUGCCAACUCCAAAGUUUUGUAAAUUGGGGCCUAAGUGUGAAAUCCUUCCAGCUGUUAAAAGUAUCCCAUAUCUAAUUAUAUUCACAGUUUUUCAGAAUACUCCUUCAGUUUGGAGAAUCCUGAAAGUACAUACUGUAUGGCUGGAAACUAGGACCACAUGCAUUAUCUGAAAGCUUACAAAACAUAAAGAAAGCAAAUAGACAAAAUAGACAAGCCACAUAUUUGUAUGAUUUUGUAAAUGUUUUCUUUUGUGGCUUUCUUUGUUUUCACAACAUUUUUUUAUAAACCUGAUUUACUGUAAUGUACCCACCCCAUCAUUCCAGAGGCCAUGAACAAGUAUAUGUAAGGAAGUGUCCAUUACAUUUUUCUUAAGGAUCUGUUACUACAGGAGGCUGAAACAACAGCUGCAACUAUAACGAUGUACCCCUAAAAGGGGGGAAUUCUC